CACAGACUUGCUUACUGCCGACAGUUUCCCCAAAUUCAGUUUAGAAAAAAGGGUCAUGAUUUAUGAAGAAAUUAGGAUAUUCAAGCACCACCAAAAUUAUGAAGAAGCAACGUUUAGAGUUGGAAGGAGUGUUGAGAAAAUCAUGGUACCGGUUAAGAUUAUCGGUUCGUUGCCCAUCUAGGGUUCCCACUUGGGAUGCCAUCGUCCUCACCGCUGCUAGCCCUGAACAAGCCGCACUCUACGAGUGGCAGCUGAAACGAGCUGUACGGUUGGGUCGGAUUUCGGAUUCCACUGUUACUCUUGCCGUACCCGAUCCCGAGGGUCAUCGCAUUGGUUCAGGCGCAGCUACUCUCAAUGCCAUUCUUGCCCUAGCCAAUCAUUACAACGCUUCUCAAGUGGCAAACAACUGCAGUGAUGGAUGUUAUGUAGUACCCGAUGAAAGCUCGGAAAAUGAAGUUUCCACCUCAAUGGUUAAUCUCAUAAGGAAAAAACAUAUACUACUUCUUCAUGCGGGUGGUGACUCGAAGAGGGUCCCAUGGGCUAAUCCCAUGGGGAAAGUCUUCUUGCCACUUCCAUAUCUGGCAGAUGAUGACCCUGAUGGACCGGUACCCUUGCUUUUUGAUCAUAUACUUGCAAUAGCUUCUUGUGCACGACAGGCUUAUAACAAUGAAGGUGGGCUAUUCAUCAUGACUGGUGAUGUGGUUCCAUGUUUUGAUGCAUCUGCAAUGGUUCUUCCUGAGGAUACAUCUUGCAUCAUAACUGUUCCUAUCACUCUUGAUAUAGCUUCCAACCAUGGUGUGAUUGUGGCAUCCAAAACUGGAAACUCGGAUGAAAUUUGUUCAGUAUCUCCUGUAGCAAAUCUACUUCAGAAACCUAACAUGGAGGAGCUUACUAGACAGCAUGCAGUUCUUGAUGAUGGUAGGACAUUACUUGACACCGGUAUCAUAUGUGUUAGAGGUAAAGCAUGGGAAGACCUUGCUAUGCUUUCUUGUAUGAGCCAACCCAUCAUCUCACAACUAGUGAAAACUAAAAAAGAGAUGAGUUUGUAUGAAGAUCUUGUGGCUGCUUGGGUACCCUCAAGGCACGGAUGGUUGUGUUCAAGACCUUUUGGUGAACAACUUGUGAGGAGUUUGGGGAAACAGACCAUGUACAGCUACUGUGCUUAUGAUCUGUUGUUCUUGCACUUUGGAACAUCAAGUGAAGUUUUGGAUCACUUGAGUUCAAGACUUGUAGGGCGAAGGCAUCUGUGUUCCAUUCCUGGAACAACAAUGUCUGAUAUUGCAGCAUCUGCCAUCAUAGUUUCUAGUAAAAUCUCACCCGGGGUAUCAAUUGGUGAAGAUUCUCUUGUAUAUGAGUCAUCGGUUUCAGAUGGAAUACAAAUCGGUUCCCUCUGUAUAGUAGUUGGUGUCAACAUACCAGAAAAAAAGUUUGUCCUUCCUGAUCGCCAUUGUCUUUGGGAGGUUCCUUUGAUAGGAGGAAUAGGAUUAGGAUGCAGCGAAAGGGUUAUUGUGUAUUGUGGGCUUCAUGAUAAUCCCAAAAACCCUCUUUCAAUUUCAAAAGAUGCUACUUUCUGUGGGAAACCAUGGGAGAAGGUUCUACAUGAUUUGGGCAUACAUGAAAAUGACUUAUGGAGCUCUCAAGAAAAAUGCUUGUGGAAUGCAAAGCUGUUUCCAGUCAUUCCAUAUUCUGAGAUGCUUAGCCUUGCAAACUGGCUUAUGGGGUUAGAAAAAUAUGAAAACAAUCAAAGGUUUCAUUCUUUAUGGAAAAUGGCACGACGUCUCAGUUUGGAAGAGCUGCAUAGAUCAAUAGAUUUCCCACAAAUGUGUUUAAUUUCUAGCAACCAUCAAGCGGAUCUUGCAGCUGAAAUUGGUAAAGCUUCUCUUACUUUCGGCUUGCUUGGGAGGAAUUUGUCUCAGUUGUGUCAAGAGGUUUUGCAGAUGAAAGAUUCAGGAGACAAAAUAUGCAAACAUUUUCUUUCCUUGCAGUCACAAAACUCCAAAAUUGUCCCUAGAAGCCGAGCUUUUCAGGUGCAAGCAGAUCUCCUUCGUGCAUGCGGCAACCAUGAAGAAGCAUCUCAGAUCCAACACCAAGUUUGGGCUUCUGUUGCUGAGGAAACUGCUUCAGCGGUCAGAUAUGGCUUUAAGGAGUCAUCCAAUAAUAAUAGUAAAGGAGGAAAUGGGAAGAAGAAGAAGAAUAAAAAAGUGAAAGUGGAGUUGCCUGUUCGGGUUGACUUUGUUGGUGGUUGGAGCGAUACUCCACCAUGGAGCUUAGAGCGGGGGGGUUGUGUGUUGAACAUGGCUAUAAGUUUGGAGAAUCGUCUCCCAAUCGGAACCAUGAUAGAAACCACAGAAACAGGCAUCAUAGAAAUCACGGAUGAUGCUUCAAACGAGUUGCACAUCCAAAAGGAAAACAUCUGCCCCCCGUUCCACGACAACGACCCGUUUCGCCUUGUGAAAUCCGCUUUGCUUGUUACGGGUAUUCUUCAUGACAGCAACAUUAUGGUAAUGGGUCUACGGGUCAAAACUUGGGCCCAUAUACCUCGUGGAAGUGGGUUGGGUACUUCUAGCAUCUUGGCUGCAGCUGUUGUGAAAGGACUCCUUCGUAUCAUUGAUGGGGAUGAAAGUAAUGAGAAUGUUGCUAGACUUGUGUUGCUACUUGAACAGAUCAUGGGCACCGGAGGUGGCUGGCAGGAUCAGAUUGGAGGUCUAUACCCGGGUAUAAAGCUUACCACCAGUUUUCCAGGAAUACCUUUGCGUCUUCAAGUCCUUCCCCUUUUGGCUUCUCCUACAUUAGUUACAGAGCUGCAGGAACGUCUGCUUCUUGUCUUUACUGGUCAGGUUCGACUGGCACACCAGGUGCUACAAAAGGUGGUAACGCGUUAUCUACAAAGGGAUAAUCUGCUUAUAUCAACCAUCAAGCGGCUUGCUGAGCUGGCUAAAAGUGGGAGGGAAGCUUUGAUGAACUCCAACAUAGACGAGGUAGGAGAGAUAAUGAUGGAGACAUGGAGGUUGCAUCAGGAACUUGAUCCUCACUGCAGCAAUCAGUUUGUUGAUGCUCUUUUUCGUUUUGCUCAUACUUAUUGCUGUGGGUAUAAGCUUGUUGGGGCUGGGGGUGGAGGAUUUGCGCUGCUUCUUGCCAAAAAUGUUCAAACUGCACGCCAAUUGAGACAUGCACUUGCACUUGAACAAAACAGGAAAAUCUUUGAUGUCAAGGUCUAUAAUUGGAGCCUCUCUUGAUGUUUACAACAAAACCCACUCAAACAAAUCAUUUAUGGUGUAUGCUGUAUACAUACAUUCUUCAUAUGUGUGUGUGUGUGUUGUGCAACAUUAUGUACUUUUCUAUAAUCUUGUUACAAAUUGAAUGAAUAUUCAAGUUUACAUUUUCUACAA